CUUGCUUGUGGUCCCCGACACGCGCACCGUCGCCCAGGAUGAGUGCAGAACACAAGUCGUCUUCUUCCCUGAGCGAGGACCGCCGUGAUGUCACCUCGCCAGACGUCGAGAAGCAGUACAACCUCGCGCCCUACGGGAACUCCGAGGGUGGCGACUACAAGCUGCGGUUCCCCAAUAUCGACGAGGCCAAGGUGGUGCGCAAGAUUGACCUGCGCGUGGUCCCCGUGCUCUGUGUGCUCUACUUGCUUGCGUUCUUGGACCGAGUAAACAUCUCCAAUGCGGCCGUGUUUGGGCUGAAACAGGACCUAAAUCUUGGAGGCAAUCAGUUUAACACGGCUCUGGUCGUCUUCUUUGCGCCCUACGUCCUCUUCGAAAUCCCCUCCAAUGCCCUCCUGAAGCAUUUCAAGCCCCACGUCUGGCUGUCCCUAUGCAUGUUCCUCUUUGGCCUCAUCACGCUCCUCCAGGGCUUCGUGCAGGGCCUCAGCGGCCUAAUCGCGACGCGCUUCUUCCUCGGGGUGGUCGAGUCCGGCGUCUUCCCUGCAUGCUUCUACCUCAUCGCGAUGUGGUACAAGCGCGCGGAAGCGCAGAAGCGCUACUCGUUCUUCUUCUCAUCGACCACCCUUGCGGGCGGCUUCGGUGGCCUGCUCGCGAGCGCGAUCGGCAAGAUGGACGGCCUGCACGGCUUCCGCGGCUGGCGCUGGAUCUUCAUUCUUGAGGGCUUGGUGACGUGCCUGGCUUCGAUUGUCCUGUACUUCACCAUCUCGGACUUCCCCGAGGAAGUUGCGUGGUUGAGCGCUGAGGAGAAGGAGUUUGUGAAAGCGCGUCUGUACGAGGACGUCGGACAUUCGAAGCGGCACGACCCGCUCACGGUGAAGAGUGUGCUCGAGGUCUUUAAGGAUUGGAAGAUCAUCGUUGGCGGCUUCAUGUACUUCGGUCUCAUCGUGCCCGCCUACGGUUAUGCGUACUUCGCGCCCAGCAUCAUUCAGUCGCUCGGGAACGGCAUGAUCCGCACGCAGCUACUCUCCGUGCCCCCAUGGGCAUGCGCGUUCACGCUCGCCAUGCUGACCGCGACGGUCUCGGACUGGACGCGCAUGCGCUUCGUCUUCGUACUCAUUCCUACCGCGAUCGCGCUCGUGGGCUUUAUAAUCCUGCUCGUCGUGCACGACAACGCGCAUCUGCAGUAUGCCGCGCUCUUCCUCGCUGCGAUGGGCACGUACUCUGCAAUGCCAAUCAUCGUGUGUUGGUUCAACACGAACUUGGGCGGCCACCAUAGACGAGCAGUCGGUACCGCAUUCCAAGUCGGCUUCGGAAACAUCGGCGGAAUAAUCGCGGUGUUCGCGUUCCUCACCAAGGACGCGCCGAAAUACAUCCCGGGCUACAGCAUCUGCAUCGCCUUCAUCUGCGUCUCCGUCCUCGCGAACACCGUCUACUUCCUUGGGGUAUCGUGGGAGAACAGGCGACGCGACAAGCUGCAGGCGCAGGGCGCGUACGACCACCUGUCGCAGGACGAGAAGAAGCGCAUGGGCGACCUCAACCCGGACUACCGGUACUUCCGGUAGACGUGCAAGUGGGGUUCUCAGUCCUUUCUUUGGAGGAUCGCCCCUGUAUGUCCCGGGCCAUUCGGGGUCGGUCGUGGGCGAUAUAACGGUAUGCAUGCGCUCGGCGCAGCGCGUAAUGUGUAAGAUAGAGACCAUACAUAGGUCGAUCUUCUUGUCGGAAAAGUAUACCUGUAGCCUGUACAUCGACGAAUCCUACGAUCUUGAACGAUAUCUACUAUUCACUUCAUGGCUGCCUCUAUCAGU